AUGUCGAGUCGCCAACAGAUUGACUCCGUCAUCGAUGAUGAUGAUGAGUUCUGCCCCCUUUGUAUCGAAGAGUUCGACCUUUCCGACAAGAACUUUAAGCCAUGUCCCUGUGGAUAUCAGCCCCCUUCAGUCGUACUUAUCAACAUGUUUAAUAUACAGAUUUGCCAAUUUUGCUACAACAAUAUCAAAACGCACAGUGAAGAGGGUCGAUGCCCAAACUGCCGCCGUGCUUACGAUGAUAGCACUAUCCAAUACAAGAUUCCGGACGUGGAAGAGUUCAAAGCGGAUCUUGCAUUGAAGCAUCGAAAGGCAGCUGCAGCCAAGAAGAAGGAAGCCGAAAAGCGUGAGAUUGAGGCGUCUAGUAGGAAGAAUUUGGCAGGCGUUCGUGUUGUGCAGAAAAACCUGGUUUAUGUCAUAGGCCUCAAUCCGACAAUUCGGGACGAGAACCUGCUGCUGCAAACGCUUCGAGGCCCGGAAUAUUUUGGACAAUAUGGCGACAUUGAGAAGAUCGUGGUGAGCAAGGCCAAGCCUGGUGGCAACCCACACCAGGGAAUUGGCGUUUAUGUCACAUUCGCCCGCAAGUCGGAUGCUGCGAGGUGUAUCCAAGCUGUUGAUGGCUCUUCGAACGGCGAUCGUGUUCUGAGGGCCCAGUAUGGCACAACCAAGUAUUGCUCGUCUUUCCUUCGCAACGAACAGUGCAAUAACCGCAACUGCACGUUCUUACACGAGACUGGCGAAGACAGCGAGAGUUACAGUCGCUCCGAUCUCUCAUCCAUGAAUACCUUAUCCAGCCAACGUCAGCACCCGCCGAACAUCCCACAACCCCGCCCUGCACCGUCAAUCACCCACACCAUGCGCCGGCAACCGAGUAAGGAUGACUCUCUCAGUGGGCGCUCCGGCGCCCCUGAUGGACCCGCACUCCCCUCGUCCGCUAGUUGGGCAAAUAAGGAUCAUCCCAUAGUAAGGGCCCGACGAACCAGCUUAACAGGCAGCCAAGCGUCCCAGAGCCCGCGCCCUGCUUCUGUAUCUGUUGCGAUAGCCGCCGAGGAGCCCAAGCGUAUCGAGAAGCCCUCGCCAAUCGUUCAGCCAGUACAGCGAACGUCCCCAUCCGAGACGCGGUCACCAAUUGCUCCACCCGAACCUACCGAGAAGCCUAUUGUUGAAACACCAAGUGCGUUCGAUACGCUAAUCCAGGAUUUGAUGUCUCCCGAAUUUCGAUUCGUGUUUUCGGCCUCCGACCUUCCCGCGGACGAAGUUAAACACAUCCAGAACUACCCUUCCUUUAUUGACCCUUACGGUGGCGUGAAGCGCCGUGCUAUGCGUGAGAAAGCGGAGGCAGAGCGCGCUAGUCGUGAACACGAGAUUCUACAAACCGCCGAAACUGCUGCGGCAGAAGAGGAUAGUAGGGAAGCCGGCAGUCUGCAGCUUGGGGGAGAGCCAGAAGAUGUUAAUCCUCCUCGUGGUCGCCAAACCCGUGAGUCCCAUGGUGCUAUCCAACCUCCAUCUCAGCAAGGCACAGCCGAUAACUCUACUGUUGGAUCUCCCGUUUCAGCCACAAGCCAUCAAUUCCACGGACUCAACCUCGCUGGCCGUAGCUUGACCCCCCUUCAACAGCAGCAGUUGAUGCUCCUCAAGUCUGCCGGUAAUCAGCAAGCUGGUAUUUCGGAUGCCUCAAGCUCUGCAGCUUUGGAUCAAGCUGCCCAGGCCCGCCAGGGUGCUCUGCAGAACCAAAUGGCCGCCCAAUAUGCGCUUCAAGCCCAAAACAGACAAUCAUCCCGGUUUGCCUUUACCAACGAUGUCAAUCCAAAGAAUAUCAGCAAUGCUCGGAUGUUGAACCAGAUGCAGCAGCCCGGCACCCCUAAUCCACUCUCAGCACCAAGCCCUCAGCACGGUCUCGCCGGAAGCUUUUAUGCAAGUGGAGUUCAGGGCCCCCCUCCGGGUUUGAAGACAGCAGGAACUCCUCCUAUCAGUGGUGGUGGCAUGUUCGCACAGGGCCAUGGUUUUACUUCAAAUACCAACAUGGGACUGGGAACAAACACUGGAAAACAUGAUGCGACACCGGAAUCGAUGCGUGAAUUAUUACGAGGCCGAAGUGGGGCCAAUAUUGGUGGUGUGCAAGGCCAGGAGGCUACAAAGCGUGAGUUCAUGUUCCCUUUCCUUCAACAGCACCAAACCCCACCUCCCCUGACUCCUGUCAAUGGCCUUCUCAGCUCUUUCUAUGGGUCCCAGGCGGGUACACCACCUGACUCUGGUGGCUCACAGAAGCAGAAGAAGAAGGGAAAGAAGCACAGACACGCUAACACUUCCUCCGGUGGAGGUGGUGUAGUAGAUCUUGCAGACCCGAGCAUUUUACAGGCGAGAAUGCACCAGGUCGGUGUCAAUGCUACUGCUGGACAAGCGUUGUAUGGGAGUCAGGGUCAAGGUGGGUACAACCCCUCGAUGAUGUACGGCGUCGCUACCCUCGGCUUGACCCUCCUUGCCCUUCACUGCUCAUUCAUAUUACCUGCACCUCUCACACGUUGCUUUGCCGCGGGACUGGAUGCUAACUGGGAACCAAUAGUGGAUGAUGACUUCCCUCCCCUCACCAGCCAUCUGAAGGAUAACCAACCUAUUGAUACAUUUGGUUUCUUGAAAUCGCAACUUCCAAGUGAUUCUGCUGGCCGUGCUGGGACUCCAACCCUUCCACCAGGCCUUCCUUUACCCCAUGCUCACCCAGCAUCUGCCAUCUUCCAAGAACAAAGGGGCUCAUCGAACCCAGCCUCACCAACUCCCCAUGUGCCUCCUGGGCUUGGCACCACUCCAUCUCACUCCCGUCCAAUAAGCCCUGAGCUUGGUAUGCGCACCGGAAAUUCGUCGGCUCGCAACAAGGAUGCUUCCCAGAUCUCUCUUGGAUCACCGAUUGCCAAACCGAUUCGUAAGCCUCGCCUCAAUACCAAAGUCGACAUCUCCGGACUCGCCGAUGACAAAGAGACAGGUGGAUUGGAUAGCCCCCUUGUGGGCUCAAAAGCCAGUCCUGCCACCCUAAGCAUGCCGCUUGCUUCGCAAGAGACAUACUCUCUGCAGUCUGAACGCGUCCUUUCUGGGACGUUCGCGUCUAGAGCAGAUUCUGUCUCGGCUGUCUCGGCUGUCGCGUCACGACCAAACACACCCUUCACCACGACUUCUCGCGUUUCUGAUUCUUCAAUUCCUCGACAAACACGCAUUCUCCGUGUCGUGGAUACUCCCAAAUACGACACAUCUCGUCUUAUUGGAACGACGCCAUCGGCUACCAAUUCAGUUGCCGGUACCGGUCGGCUGGGUUCCCCCCGACACAGUGUCUCUUCUCUCAGCAGAUCGGAUACACCUGGGGACUUUGGCUCUGAGAUCGACAUGUACCACUCCGGCUCUGUCUCUCGUUCAGGCUCCCCUCCGGCUUCCAGUCGGAUUGGAUCUGCUCCGGUCCGCGCAGUCACUAAGAGUCAGGCCAAGAAAGAACGCAGACAAAAAGCAAAGGAAGCCGACGCUAAAAAGGCCGAAGUUGCUGUGGCGGAGGAACCCGUUCAAGCUCCAAUCAUGGGUAGAAAGCGCAAGACCAAGAAGGCACCUUCCAGCGCCCCUGAAACCACUGAUGUUGCACCGGCUCCCGUUGAGACCAUGAGCCCUGUCAAGCCUAUCAAAACCUUUGUGGAAUCGGCCAAGAAGGCUGAACCAAAAUUCGAAUCACCCAAGAAGGUCAAGGUCAAGGAGGUAGUAGUGAUGGAAGAGAGCAAGGCACCCUCUGUGGAAGACGAGCCUAUUGAACCCAAGACUCCACCCGAGGCUUGGCACUCUCAAAACACCGUUGAGCAACUUAUCAAAGAUUCCGAGCAGUCUGGUCGUUCGAUUAAAGAUCUAUUCAUGGAACGGACGAAGGCAUUGCAUGUACUGCUUGCAGAGAUGCACAGAGAUGGCGAUCUUGAUCUCAACACCAGCUCCUUAUUCAACCCUGCCAAUCUCAGCCAACGUGUUGACAUGAAGUGUACAUCUGAUGACUACGAGGAGUUGAAGCAGCCUACGGAACUUACUGAAGAGCACCGAAAGGCUCUUCUACGCGGUGAGCCUAUCCGUGUGGGUACUCAGUCCCUCAAGAACCGCUGCCUCAUUACUCCUCGUGGCUGUUUACUUCGACACCUUGACCUCGAUGAGGAAGAGCGAUACCUUCGACUGGAGAAGAAUCGGAAUGGAAUGGUUGAUCCCUUUAAUGUUGGCGACGACUCCAGCAAUAUCAACGGGGGACUGGAGGCACUCUUCGUGUCCCCGGAGAAGUACAAUAUUUGUUGGGUUGAUGACGCUGUGGCCCAGAUGGGAAGCACCUCACCCGUCCUCGAAACCUCGGAUUCCAUUAUUCCGCCUAAUGUCCUUUCUGCGAUGGAAGCUGACAGCACCCGCAGUCACGAUUGGGCUGUAGCUCACUCUGCUGAGCUUCUGCAGACUACCACAGCUGCUGUCCGUUCCUUUGCCGCCGCUACUGCCAAACAGAUGCUCGGCUCCGCUGGUCUUCCUGGCAGCAACCCCACCCUGGAGGACGUUGCCGCGAUGACUGAUGAAGAGCUUAAGAAUCUUACUAGCAAGUCGCAAAAGGAUCUGGAAAGCACACGCAAGGAAAUGGAAUUGCUCGAUAAGAAGUUCAACGGUCUUCUUCGCCGCAACAAGAAGCUUCAGCAACAGGCACUGUCUAUCGCUGAGUCCCCGUGA